UCGGUGGCUUAUUAGAGCACAUUAAAGGGAGCGUGGUCUGUCGCCGUGGGCCGCCGCAGCAUCAGACCACCGAUCUCACCAUGAGUGUGCAAGAUGCCGUCGACGCUUCAGAGCACUAUGAGGUGCACAAUACAGACGAUAUCCCGUCGCUCUGCACCAUCAUAAUCGACACGAAUCCGCGCGCAUGGGCAGCCCUUGCCGACGUCCUCCCAAUCUCCAAGGCGAUAGCAAAUGUACUCAUCUUCGUCAACGCCCACCUGGCCUUCAGCAACUCCAACCAAGUUGCGCUCAUAGCGGCACAUACCAACCGAGCAGUUUGGCUCUACCCAGCAGCGCCGAAGCCGGCACAGUCACACUCGGGGGAUGUCGACAUGCAGGAUGCUAGCAACGGCACCAAGUCCGCUUCAGACAUCAAAUCCUCCUCAGCGAACAAAUACCCACAGUUUGCCCAAAUCGAGAACUCCGUCCUCACCUCUCUCCGGGCGCUCAUCGACGACACCACCGCCGCCGACCUCUCCGCGACGACACCCCAAAUAUCAGGCGCCCUCACCCUCGCCCUCGCCCAUAUCAACAAAACGGCGCUCUCCUUUACCGCCUCGGCCACCGCAGCCAACGCCACCGCGACUGGCGCCCCCAAGACAGCGGGCACGGCAGUCGGCGCAGCCCCCGUGGCAAGCACGUCCACAAGCGCCGGCGGCCUCGCGGGCCUCCACGCCCGCAUCCUGAUCAUCUCGGUCAGCGACAGCUCGCCGGCGCAGUACAUCCCCACCAUGAACGCCGUCUUCGCUGCGGCGCACGCCCGCAUCGCCAUCGACACGCUCUCCCUGCGAGGCAGCGCCACCUUCCUCGAGCAGGCCAGCUUCAUCACGCGGGGCACCUUCGUCCGCGCCGCAGAACCCCAGGGCCUGCUGCAGUACCUCAUGUUCGGUUUUGGCAGCGGCAGCGCCCCGUCCAAUCCGGCGGGCGGCGGCGGCGGCGGCGGCGCGGGCAAAACGAAGGAGCCCGCCGCCAAAUCCCAAGCCGCAGCUAACACCGCCAACACCACCAACGGGCCAGUGUCAGGAUCAGGAUCAGGAGGAGGAGGAGGCAGACCCAAGACGGUGCAGCUCGGCGCGGGCGCGAACGUGGCCGACCUGCUGGUCACGCCGAGCGCCGACGCAGUCGAUUUCCGCGCGGCCUGCUUCUGCCACCGCAACGUGGUCGACAUCGGCUUCGUGUGCUCCGUCUGCCUGAGCAUCUUCUGCGAGGUGCCCGAGGACGCGGAGUGUCUGACGUGCGGGACGAAGCUGGCGCUGGGGAGCUACGGGAAGAAACCUGUCGUGGUUGAUGGCGCGGGGAGGAAUGACCACCAGAGAAGGACCGGCGUGAAUGGUCAGACUUGAAGAAGACCGGCGAGAAAGCUGUUGACGGAAGGCCCGAGUGGAGCGGAGAGGUGGGAGGGAAA